AUGCUCUACGAUCACUAUCUAACUGUAAGACCAUGGGAACCAAGAUUUAAUCCGGCCAAAGCAAAAAUCGAUAAAGUCGCAGUGUGGGUUCAUUUGCCCAGAGUUGCUCUUGAAUAUUAUGAUGCAGAGGCAUUAACCAUUAUUGAGAACAGAAUAGGGGAAACUAUAAAAGUUGAUGUCAACACUUCAGGCCAAUUGAGAGGGCACUAUGCUCGAAUAUGUGUUCUUGUGGAUUUGGGGAAACAACUCAUGUCAGGGUUCUCCCUAGAAGGGGAAGAGUAUCAACUGGAAUAUGAGGGUCUGCACUCUCUAUGCAUUAACUGUGGGGUCUAUGGGCAUAAUUGCUCGAAACAACGACGGCAACGGAAAGGAAAGGAUAAACAGGGGAAUAAUCUCCGGCAACAAAAUCAAGGGACCAGAUUUGAUGUGCUUGCUGAGGUGGAAAAUCAUUUUAAUCUUGCAAAGAAUUAUGUGGAAAAGGAAGUAUCUACGGAGCCACAAAAGGAUAUGGUACAAAGUAGUGGGGUGCUUGCAAAUUCGGUGAGACGUGCAAAAACAAAGCAACCUGCGCAAAAGCAAAACGGAGGGAAAUCCUUAGCAGUGGUCCCAGCGGCAGAGUUCAAACGUGUCUCAGUGGCUGUCGAAAAGGGCAAAAGAGAGAAAAGAUCAAGGGAGAUGUUUAGAAAUCAUAUGAGAAGUAAGGAGGCACUGAUGUUGACAGGAAACGAGAACAAGGGAGAAGAGCAAGAGCAAACGAAUGGGGACAAAAGGGAGAUACUGCAGGGAGCAUUAAAUGUAGAUCUCAUGGACCUCCAACUGGACCCCCCAGGUCUGCCACAUGACCCCGGGGAUAAAGAAGCGGACACUGAAAGGGCCUCCUUUGGGCAAGUGAGUGAAAGCCCAUUUGAGGAGAGCCCAAUGAAUGAAGAUGGGGAAGAAUUACUUCAGAGAUUUGAACCUUUUCUCCUGACAGCAAUUUAUACGGUUCCACACUCUAAUCUGAGGAAAGCUCUUUGGGAGGACCUGAAAUCUCUGUCUUCCAUAACCUCAGAAUCAUGGGUGGUUUGUGGCGAUUUCAAUGAUAUCAUGUCUUCAUCGGAAAGAAUGGGAGGAAGGAAAAUUAAUAUACGGCGCAUUGCUUGGUUUAAUGAUCAGAUUAAAGCUUGCGCUCUAUCAGAUCUGGGAUUUAAAGGUCCUCGUUUUACAUGGAAGGGUCCGCAACUAGCAAGAUGCUCAAGACUCUUUGAAAGAUUAGAUAGAGCUCUAGCGAAUUCUGCUUUUAUGAAUUCCUUCCCGGACUGUCUGGUAAAGAUUCUUCCUCGUACGAAUUUUUCAGAUCAUAAUCCUCUAAAUUUGCUGCUGUCUGAUUCUUUCAUUACUUCGAAAGGUCCUAAACCUUUUAGAUUUGAGGCUAUGUGGAUUGAACAUGCCAAUUUUAAAGACUUGAUUAAAGAGAAGUGGCUUUUUAGGAACGAUUUCAAUGAAGCUUUGAACAACAUUAAGAACUCUUUGCUUAGUUGGAAUAGAGAUGUUUUUGGCCUUGUAGAAAAAAGGAAGAGACAGAUUCUGGCUAGAUUAAAUGGAAUUCAAAACUUUGAUGGUUACCCCUUUUCACAUUUCCUUUGCAAACUGGAGGUGGAAUUGCAGGAGGAAUUAGAGGAAGUUUUAAAAUUAGAGGAGCUUAAAUGGUUUCAAAAAGCUAGAACAAUUUGGAUUACUGAAGGGGAUAGGAAUACACGAUUUUAUCAUUUAAAAACCAGAAUUAGAAGGAAGAAAAAUAGAGUCUUAGCUCUAAAGAAUGAGAUGGGAAUCUGGAUUGAGGAGGAGGAUAAUUUGAAGGAGUGGGUAGUGAAGUAUUUCAAGAAGCUUUACACGACGGAUGGCUGUGAGCAGAACUAUUUAAAGACUGCUACCUGUUUUCCCGAAGUAACUGAUGCUUUGAAUGAUUUAUGUGCAAUUCCCUCAUAUAAAGAAGUUAAAAAUGCUUUAUUCUCUAUAGGUCCCUAUAAAGCUCCUGGGGAGGAUGGUUUCUCCCCUAUUUUCUUCCAGGCUAACUGGCAAUUAGUUGGGCCUGAUCUUUGCAAAUUUGUGAAAGGAGUUUUUAAUGGGGAAAUUGAAGUGGUUGAUUCAAAUAAAACUCUGAUUUCUCUUAUUCCAAAGACUAAUAGCCCAGAGUUGGUGACUCAAUUCAGACCAAUUGCUUUGUGUUCUGUGCAUUAUAAGUGUAUCACUAAAGUGUUGACCCAAAGAUUGAAGAUGGUGAUGAAUGACCUGAUCUCCCCCUUCCAAGCAAGUUUUAUUAAAGGGAGACACAUUCAGGAUAACAUAAUAAUUGGGCAGGAGAUAAUGCAUACCAUGAAAAAGAAUAAAAACAAGAAGGGUUUGAUGGCAAUGAAGAUAGAUUUGGAGAAAGCUUAUGACAGGAUAAGAUGGGACUUCCUACAACAGGUGCUGGAGGAGACUGGAAUGGAUAGUCGUUCAAUUAAUUUGAUUAUGUCUUGUGUUACUUCAGUCUCCUACAAUGUUUUGUGGAAUGAUGCGGUCAAUGAAGGUAAAUGGAGGCCUAUAAAGGUAACCAAAAAUGGUCCAGGUAUAUCUCACUUGCUUUUUGCUGAUGAUUUACUCUUGUUUGGUGUUGCUACUGAAAGACAAGCUCACUGCAUGAUGGAGUGCCUGCAGAAUUUCUCUCGAGCUUCUGGAGAACUUGUUAACAAAAGCAAGUCCUCCUUAACUUUCUCCCCAAAAGUGGAUAGAACAAUCAAAGAAAGAAUAAGAAAUAUUGCUCAGAUGAAAGUCACUGCUGAAAUGGGCAAGUACCUGGGUUUUCCUCUCUCUACUACUAGGAAACCUAAGGAAAGCUUCCAAUAUGUUAUUGAUCGAGUGCAAUCGAAGCUGUCAGCGUGGAAAGCCGAUAGUUUAUCUCUGGCAGGAAGAAUCACACUGGCCAAAUCUGUGGUGAGCUAUAUUCCCCUUUACCCUAUGCAAGUGGCCCUAUUACCAAAGAAAAUUUAUGAGGAGGUAGAGAGAUUGCAAAGAAACUUCAUAUGGGGAAAUAACCAACAUUCCCAUGGAUAUCACCCUAUUGGAUGGCAUCAAGUGACGCUACCUAAAUCCCAUGGUGGACUGGGUUUCAAAAGACUUGCUUCUGUCAACAGAGCUUAUGGAGCAAAACUAGCCUGGAAACUAAUCAGAGGUGAAAAUGGAUUAUGGGUGGAUAUUUUGCAGCAGAAGUAUAUGUUACGUGAUGAGGAAUGCUUGCUGACUGCUUUUCCAGGGGACUCUAAACUCUGGAGCUUUAUUUGCAAGCAAGCAGACAUUAUUGAAAAUGGGACUAAAUGGCAAGUCAGGAAUGGUCCAUCUGUAAAUUUCUUUAAUGAUGUGUGGCUACUCCCAGAUAUGAAAAUUAAGGAUAUGUGCAUCAGACCUUUAACGCAAGAGGAGGAAGCAAGCUCUGUAGCUGAUUGGACGAAAUAUGGGACAUGGGAUUUUCAGAGGCUAAACACGAUUGUUAAGAAGGAAGUUAUACAGAGACUCAUCAGUGUCUUACCUCCUAUAGAGGGGGCUGGAAAUGAUGUAAUGAUUUGGAGUGAAACAAGUAAUGGCAUGUUUAGUGUUAAAAGUGCUUAUUUUCUAAUUGAAGAAAAUGACAGGGCUCUCUUUAAUCCAAUUUAUAAACUGAUAUGGAAGUGGAAAGGGGCUGAGAGAAUCAGAGUCUUCCUUUGGAGAGCCUUUAAUAAUAGGCUUCCAACAAACUUGUGGAGAAGCAGAUGGUGUGCGGAUUCAGCAGUAUGUUAUUAUUGUCACAGAGGAACCGAAGACAUUCUUCACGUUUUAAGAGACUGCUUCUAUGCUAAGCAGCUUUGGUUACAACUUCUUAACAAGAGAUAUACUUCAGAUUUUUUUGCUGCUUCUCUUCAAGAAUGGUUUACAAUGAAUCUGAAAGUUAAUAUGGGAAUGAUUGAGGACGUCAGCUGGGAUAUUAUUUGGGCUGUAGCAGUUUGGAAAUUAUGGAAUUGGCGUAACAAGACUAUGUUUGGGAAUGAUAUCAACUGCAGACCUAGGAAUCCGGGAUAUCAUAUACUAAAUUGUUGGAGAUUUUUUGCAACUAGAACGGAAGAGGGCAGUAAACUCAUUGCUGAAUCUGAUAGGAAGAAUGAUAAGUGGAUUCCCCCCCCCGGAAAGUUGGGUGAAGUUGAAUGUAGAUGGAGCUAUGAACCAACGAUCCACGAAGGCAGUGCGGCUGAAGCAGAAGAGUGGGCGAUCCUUAAGGGACUAUCCUUAGCUUGGGAUUUUGGAUUCAAACGUGUGAUUCUGGAAUCUGAUGCCAAGACUCUUAUUGAGCAACUCAUGAGGAAGGAUGAGUCUCAAAAUGGAAAUCUUGUCCUAUUUAGAAUCUAG